AUGGAAUCGAAAAUAAAUUCUUUCUUCAGACCUUCUUCCACAUCACAAGCCCAAGCCCUAAAUCCACCUCUUUCGCUUUCGGAUACAUUGUCCGAUGAUGAAGACUUCAUCAGAGAACCCGAAAUUCCCAUUAUAUACACUCGACGAGCUCCAAACACAAAUAGAGCUAAUGAUGAUAUUUUCAAAGAAAAUGAUCCAAACAAACUUAAUUUUGGACAACAGUUAGUUUUCCACAAAUUCCAAGCAAACAUAAUUUUGGACAACAGUUUCAUUUGGAUCUAG